UACCUCAUUAAAACUGGGGGCUCUGCAGCCCCGGGGUCAGCAGAGCCGCUGCAGGAAGGCACGGUUAGGGUAACCCAAAAAAAAAAAAUCCAGUUGGAACCGGAGUAGGCAGGAUCACCGAUGCGCGAAGGUAUAAAGGACCGGCCACCCGGGCCGCUGGACGGGAAAGGUGGCGGAGAGGUCCGAGGGUGGUAACGCUAUGCUGAACAGCAAGAAGAAAUACUGUGUCAGUGGCAGCUCGGGGAUUAAAGCCCAGAUCCAGUUUGCCGACCAGAAGCAAGAGUUCAACAAGCGUCCCACCAAGAUCGGCCGUCGUUCCCUCUCCCGGUCCAUAUCUCAGUCGUCUACUGAUAGCUACAGCUCGGCGGCUUCGUACACAGACAGUUCCGACGAUGAGACCUCUCCCCGAGACAAGCAGCAGAAGAACUCCAAGGGCAGCAGCGACUUCUGCGUCAAGAACAUCAAACAGGCUGAGUUUGGCCGAAGGGAGAUCGAAAUCGCUGAGCAAGAAAUGCCUGCACUGAUGGCUCUGAGGAAGCGAGCUCAGGGAGAAAAGCCACUGGCUGGAGCCAAGAUUGUGGGCUGCACGCACAUCACCGCCCAGACUGCUGUGCUCAUGGAGACCCUGGGUGCUCUGGGGGCUCAGUGCCGAUGGGCUGCCUGUAACAUCUAUUCCACUCUCAACGAAGUGGCCGCUGCCCUGGCAGAAAGUGGUUUCCCUGUCUUUGCCUGGAAGGGAGAGUCGGAAGAUGACUUCUGGUGGUGCAUCGAUCGCUGUGUGAACGUGGAGGGAUGGCAGCCCAAUAUGAUCUUGGACGACGGAGGGGACCUCACACACUGGAUCUACAAGAAGUAUCCCAAUAUGUUUAAGAAAAUUAAGGGCAUAGUGGAGGAGAGUGUCACUGGCGUCCACAGGCUGUACCAGUUAUCCAAGGCUGGGAAGCUCUGUGUCCCAGCCAUGAACGUCAAUGAUUCAGUCACCAAACAGAAGUUCGACAACCUCUACUGCUGCCGGGAGUCAAUUCUCGAUGGCCUGAAAAGGACAACAGACAUGAUGUUUGGCGGGAAGCAAGUAGUGGUCUGUGGCUACGGAGAGGUUGGGAAAGGUUGCUGUGCUGCUCUAAAGGCCAUGGGCUCCAUUGUGUACGUGACCGAGAUCGACCCCAUCUGUGCCUUGCAGGCCUGCAUGGACGGCUUUCGGCUCGUGAAACUCAAUGAGGUCAUCCGACAAGUGGACAUUGUCAUCACCUGCACCGGUAACAAGAACGUGGUGACAAGAGAGCACUUAGACCGCAUGAAGAACAGCUGCAUUGUCUGCAACAUGGGACAUUCCAACACGGAGAUCGACGUGGCGAGCCUGCGCACACCGGAGCUGACCUGGGAGCGGGUGCGAUCCCAAGUUGACCACGUGAUUUGGCCGGAUGGCAAGAGGAUAGUGCUGCUGGCGGAGGGCCGCCUGCUGAACCUGAGCUGCUCCACGGUACCCACCUUUGUGCUGUCCAUCACUGCCACCACGCAGGCCCUCGCCUUGAUUGAACUGUACAACGCCCCCGAGGGGCGCUACAAGCAAGAUGUCUACCUGCUGCCCAAGAAAAUGGAUGAAUACGUGGCGAGUCUCCACCUGCCCACCUUCGACGCCCACUUGACCGAGCUGACAGACGAGCAGGCCAAGUACCUGGGGCUCAACAAGAACGGGCCCUUCAAGCCCAACUACUACAGGUAUUAAGGUUCCCUAUCUGAAGCCCGAAGGAGUCUAGGGAACCAGAACCCCACACGUCUCUUCUCCACUACUGUACAGGACGGAACCCAGCAAGCUGCUUCCCCCGUUAGAGCCGGCCGCCGUGCUCUCUUCGUAGACAGUGUGUUAGGUUAUUUAUUUAUUAAAAAAACUAGAGCCUGU